CUGUUCGUUGCACCAAAGCUAAAAAACCUUUACUAAAAGCAAGUUUUUGCUCACCUUGGAAGAGGAAGCGCGGAGAAAAGCGCUUUAAACGUCGAACGAACCCAGAGAGGCAGGUUCCGUUCGGUCCGUGGUCUUAAAGCAGUUCUCCCCGUCCCUGAACAGAGUCUUGGUACCAUGUUUGUAGUGGUGUUGGUCAGUCUCACGAUCGCAGGAGUGAUUUUCUUCCUAGUUUGGCAGAACCAGGAGCAGGUUCUGAAGACAGAGGAUGGCUGGUGGGGGGCAGGAGUGCCCCCUGAUGGUGAGGAGGACACCACUAUCCGUUCCUUCAAAGUGACCACGAGCGAUGAAGAGCUUGAGGACCUGCACCAGAGGAUGGACCACACGCGCACCGUUCCCUCGCUAGAGGACAGUCAGUUCAAUUACGGCUUCAACGCUCAGUACCUGCAGCAGGUGGUGUCGUACUGGAGGAACACCUUUGACUGGAAGACACAAGUAGACAAACUCAACCAGUAUCCACACUUCAAAACCAACAUCGAAGGUAUUGAUGUCCAUUAUGUGCACGUGAAGCCCACCCAGCUCCCGGAGUGGAAGCGCGCCGUCCCUCUGCUGAUGGUUCAUGGCUGGCCCGGAUCCUUCUACGAGUUCUACAGGAUGAUCCUGCUACUGACAGAACCAUCGGAUCCUGAUGACCUUGUUUUUGAAGUGGUUUGUCCCUCCAUACCAGGAUUCGGCUUCUCCGAAGCACCACAUAAGAAAGGUUUUAACUCAGUUUGUGCGGCACGGAUCUUCCACAAACUGAUGAAGCGUCUGGGCUUUCAGCAGUUUUACGCUCAUGGAGGCGACUGGGGCUAUUUGAUCUGCACCAACAUGGCCCAGCUGGAGCCACAGACGGUUAAAGGUUUGCACUUGAACUUCGCCCCGGCUGAACCGACCCUGCUCGUCGUCGUGUCCAUCCUGCUCGGACGUCUCUUCCCCAGACUGUUUGGCUUCACCGCUGUGGAUAUCCGGCGUCUGUACCCGCGUGCCGACAAGCUGCUGGUGGAGCCGCUCAAAGAGUCUGGAUACAUGCACAUCCAGGCCACCAAGCCGGACACCGCAGGACGAGGACUCAACGAUUCCCCAGUUGGUCUUGCUGCAUACAUUCUGGAAAAGUUCUCCACGUGGACGAACCGGAGUUUCAGAGACCUGGAUGACGGAGGACUCACCAGGAAGUUCCACCUGGACGACCUGCUGACGAAUGUGAUGAUCUACUGGACGUCCGGCUGCAUCAUCUCCUCCAUGAGGUUCUACAAAGAAAACUUUGGCCACGGCGUGAACCAACCCCACACAAAGAUUCCUGUGUACGUCUCCACUGGAUUUGCCUGCUUCCCCGAUGAGCUCAUGCACACCCCCAAACUGUGGGUCAAACAGAAAUACCGCAAACUCCUGACAUUCACGCAAAUGGCUAGCGGCGGCCACUUUGCCGCCAUGGAAGAACCAGUGCUGAUGGCCCAAGACAUCCAGAACUUCUGCAAGUCUGUGGAGAAGAAGCAUCAGUAGAGGGUGAACUGAUGAAUGGCUGAAUGACAGAAGAAUGAAGUCAGCAGUGACGAGUGAGGGAAGACACCAAGACUGCCAGAAGGAGACGAGUGAGGGAAGACGCCAAGACCGCCAGGAGGAGACGAGUGAGGGAAGACGCCAAGACAGCCAGGAGGAGACGAGUGAGGGAAGACGCCAAGACAGCCAGGAGGAGACGAGUGAGGGAAGACGCCAAGACAGCCAGGAGGAGACGAGUGAGGGAAAACGCCAAGACAGCCAGGAGGAGACGAGUGAGGGAAAACGCCAAGACAGCCAGGAGGAGUCCAGGUGUCUGAGGCUGUGAUUGGACAAACUGCAGCUUCAUGGUGGAACAGAGAAGAAUGUUCACGGACUAAACUGGAUCAGAUCAGAUACGCUCGAGUAUCACAUGUGCCUUCUGGCAAUUGUUCACCUUUUCUUUUUCAGACAAGUAAUAGCGCCCUCCAGUGGCAACAUACAGCUUGAAUGUUCGGCCCAUCUUGAUUUUAUUUUAUGUGUUUAAAAAUGGUCCAAAAUCUGACAUUCAGUGGUUCUCACCUGGACUUAUCAGAACCAAACAUCUGGACAUGCAGGAGGCUUUACACACUGACAGAAGCUUUGCGUCCUCACUCACUCACUCACUCACUCACCGUAGUGAGACUCCGUCUCUGUUCUCCAUCAGACAUCAAGCAGCCGUUCAGCAAAACAUCUGAACUCUGUCAUCAAAAUUCUAACAUCUGAAUCUUAAAUUCUCUGUGGUGAAUCCGUUGUUUCGGAUUUUGCUUGUUGCUCAGCUGUGCACAUUUGACUUCAGCAGCUGCAGCUAGCAGGUCAAAGGUCGCCUGUUAUUGUUGAAGGUGCCAGAAAUUCUUCAAACUGUUUUUUUUUUUUUUUUUUUUUUGAGCCACACGAUCACCUUCAUCCUCUGAUCAGAUUUAUGCCAAAAUUAUAAUCAUGCACAAAAUUUUAUUACAGCCAGUCAGAAUCUGCCAGCUUCCUGUAAAAAUAACUUAUAAUGGGGGAAUUUAAGUUUUUACAUUUUGCUUUGCAAGAUCAUUAAACCUCUUCAUGUGAGUUUCUGCAGAACUUAACAUUUUGAUGACAUUUAGUGUCCAUAGUUUUCUUUAUUUUUUAGUAUUUUCUUCUGUUUAGUGUCUUUGAUUUGUUCAUUAUAUUCAAUACAAGUUGACCAUAUAAAAAUACUUCAAUCUUUAAAUGAAGAAUUUUAUUUAAAAAUACUUUGCUAUUUUUUGAUGUUUAAUAAUUUUUAGUUGAGGUGUUUAAUCGUCACAAUUAAUAUGUUUCUAAAUAAUCAUGACUGCAGUUAAUAUAAAAUUAUGCAAAAAAAAUUAAACUAUUUACUCACCUUGUAAUUUUUUUCACAUUAUUGUAAUUGUAAAGGUGUUUUGUGAAUACAGUUUGCAUUUACAAAAUUAUAUUUGGAGCUUCUGGUCUUUCAGAAAUGCUUGUGUUUAUAAGAAAUAGAAUAAUUUUCACACCAUUUAUUUUCUGUAUUUCAC